CAGCUACUGAUGGAGGGAAGGGAAAAGACGGCAAGGUAGUGGGUAUGCGUGUGCAGAAUUGCUCACGGAGAAUUCUUUUCUAUACCGACGCUGACAACUUCAUCCAUCCUUUCCCUUCACUUGUCUCCUCGGUAGUUGGGGGAAGCCUGAGGGGAAAACUCGAAGCGGCCCGACCCACAGACACGCUUAGGCCUAGAACGAAGCGCCUGCGCGCCCCUCCGAGCGGCGGGGGCGCUGGGGGCCGGCCUGAGGCGGGCUCUUCGGGCGGGGACAGGGCGAGGUGCGUAGGGCGCCACGUCGGCAGGCACCGAAGAAACAGCCGCCGCCGCAGCAACGAGGCAGGGAGAGGGGCUCGGCGUUUGCUUCGGGAUCCCGGAGGCGCCUUCCUUCCGAAGCCGUCAGCCAGACUGACCCGAGCGGCCGGACGAGUGGGCCGUGAAGGUUUUCUGUAGAAAAUCACAGUGGGAAUUCCAAAUGAAGUAACAUUUAAUGUUGCCAUUUAAUUAUAAGAAAAAGGAGAAGAGAACUUGAUCUUGGCACUUUGAAGACAUAUAGCAGAGCAUUAAAAAGGCAAUAAUGAAUCAAACAGACAAAAAUGAACAGGAUGUUCCCCCAUAUCUUAAUGAUGUGCCACCAGAAGAUUCCUUAAAAGAUCAUCCACAGCAGCAACCUGGCAUGCUUUCUCGUGUGACUGGUGGGCUCUUCAGCAUAACAAAAGGAGCUGUUGGUGCCACCAUUGGUGGUGUGGCAUGGAUAGGAGGGAAAAGUUUUGAAGUGACCAAAACAGCAGUAACAGCUGUGCCUUCUAUGGGAGUAGGAUUGGUUAAAGGAAGUGUAUCUGCUGUGACAGGAGGUGUUACAGCUGUAGGAUCUGCUAUCACAAGCAAAGUGCCUUUGACAGGGAAGAAAAAGGAUAAGUCUGAUUAAGGCAGCAGCUAAGACCUAUGUAUCAAGGACGUGUCUGCAUGGCUUGAAAUCUGCAAAUAUUUGGACUUCUAGGAAGCCACAGAUCUUAAGACGUGCGUAAAGAACUGUUUGAGUAACUUUCAUGUGAAAUGGACAGAACCAGCUUGGCUUUGAACUAUCUAAAUCUUUAGAUUUCCUCAAGUACUCAUCUAGUGAAAUGUUAAGACUUGAUUACAUGUGUAAUCAGAUGCAUGGGUCUGAAGGGAUGACUCACAUUUGAAUAUUAAUUCACUGUAGUUUUUUUUUUCAGUCUUGAACUAAAAAUGUGAAAAUAAAAAUGGAGGUAAUGGCCUAACAGAGUUAAGCACUUUGAAAUCCUUUUGGUUUCAAUGGGAGGAAUUUAAAUAUGUGUUUAAGUCUCCCUUUAAAAUCACUUGAAAGUGCUUAAGUAUUGGCUGGAUCGUGCCACUAGUUGGUAGCCUCUGCAGUACCAUAAAUAUAUUGAUGUUCUAAGUACAAGUCUGUGGCUCCUGUAUUUUCUUGGAUAAGGAAUCAUUGAACUGCCUAAAGGAUCUUCAUAUAUCUUUGUUUUUUGAAACUAUUUUUGUACAUUCUAAAUUUUUUGAAUGGUGACAUCUGUCACAAGGGGUGUGUGUGUGUGCACGCGCACAUAUAGAUGUAUAUUAUUAACUCAUUCAUGCCUUAGAGUGAAAAACAAUCUAUUUUUACUUAGUGAACCUAUAAAGAUUUUGUAAUGUCCCUCAUUUCAGUGCAGUCUAUGAAGAAGCUUUACACUUUUUAAAGAAAAGAACUUGAUACCAAGUCACAAAGACUGCUAAAUCUCAGGUGUAGCUUACUGGUAUCUGCCUACAAAAUGAAAAUCCUUUGUGGUAUUCAGUUUUUUUAACUGAUAUGUAAGUCCAAGUUUACAGUCCAGAUAAUUAAUGUCUGGCACUAGAAUGAAAACACUUUUCUGUAGCUUCUAGCCCAACAGUACAAAUAACUCUAAAAUCUAUUUCUUUGGCACAGGACAUAAAUCCAACAGUAGCUUGGAUCAGGUUGCCAUCAGGUUAUUUUGUAGGAGAUAAAAAUGAGGCUGUUGAGCAAGAGUUGUUAAUGGAUUAGAUUCAUCACUUUCAAUAUGACAACAUAAAGAACCUACUACCAAUAGGGUAAGCUUGGAAGAUAAGAAAAACAAAAUGGUCCCCAAGAUUUGCUAGUGAUGAAAGCAAAAUGAUUUAAAAUGAACUAAUGCUUGCAUAAACAUCAGUUUAAAACAUACAGUCUCAAGGUUUCCUGAGCAAGAUUAUUUUUUCACUUCAAAUUCAUUAACCACAAAGUGGCCCUAUUCAAAUAAGGGGGCUAUAUUGCGGAUUAAAUGGGUUUAUGCCUUGUGAGAUUCAUUUGAAAGCUCUUCAGCAUGUUCCUGUUGACUUUGUAGCAUUUUUAUAGUCUGUAAAAAGUAGCUGAAGUUCACAUGAAUAUUCUGUAUGCAGCAUUUCCUAAAAUGUGUGUGUUAAAAUAAAAGGGGAACAAAUCUUAGCAUGUGAAAUUGGUCAAAAUGGUCAUGAUUAUAAACAAGUAGAUUAAUGA